AUGCCUUCUGCGACCAGAGACGUAUCAUUCCAGGUGCAUUCGUUGGACGGAAUACCGCUACAGUUGUCGACGGACCCGUUGGACGACUACCAGCGGUAUUUGUUUCAAGAGGUGUACGAGCUUAUGAAGCCGAGCUUGUCGCAAUUCCCGCAUGCGCUACAGUCACAGCUUUCUAUCGAACAGAAGGAAUACAAGACGAAUACGGUAUUUGAACCCGAGCAAUUGAUGGAAGAUGAUGGUAGUAUCGAGAAACGGAGAAAUAGCGGCGAUCGUCUGCUGAUGGAUUAUGGUUUACGGCGGGCCAAGAACCCUGGACAGGCGGAUAAGGAUACGGCGAAUUCCGUGCAUAAGAAGGAUUUCAGGCGAUACAGCCACAAUUACGCACCGGUGGGAUCGGGCCAUUACGUAAUGAAGGCAAGACCGAAAAAGUCGGUCAGUCUCCUGUGCAACGAGUACACGAUUCCGGACAUCUCGAGAAACCCCAUGACGCAAAGCACGUUUGACCCCAACUACCAGCCCUAUUUGCAGAUCACGCCGUAUAAUAUUCUUGCGCUCAAUGAAGAGCAGCAGCAGCAACAGCAGCAGCAACAGCAACCGGACGAGAACCGUUUGCCCCGCCACGAACAGUCUGGUGGAUCGGUGUCUCCGACAGAUCAAGAUUUAGAGCACGUGAUCAGCAUGUCCAACAAACCGGGCUCCAACGUCACCAAGAACCAGGAGUUCCGCAUGAUGAAGCUCAAAGCGAAAUCGAACCAAUCGAUGAUCAUCAACAGGAACAACUGCGUCAUUUGGGACCGCGAAACAGGUUACGUAUUUUUUACCGGCAUAUGGCGGCUAUACCAGGACGUCAUGAAGUGUUUGUGCACGACAAACAGGAUGUACCAGCAGGACCAAUCGUCGCGGGUACACUGUUGCAAAGAGUUCCAAAAAGUGUUGGGCCAAGUGGUGUACGGGAAACUGGGCAAACCUGGAAAGAGGGAAACAGCAGGCAAAUGGAACAAAUGGUCCCAAAAGGAUAUGUUCGCCAGCUAUAACGAUUUGCAUUGGCACAAAUUGGACCCCGCCUUGUCUUCCCUGUUAGCAGAAUCGUAUAACUCUGCUAUCCCCUUCGAAGACAUGGUGAAAAGAAUCAGAGGCGGGUAUAUAAAGAUCCAGGGAACGUGGCUACCUUUCCCCGUGUCCAAAGAAUUGUGCUCCAGGUUUUGUUACCCAAUAAGAUAUUUGCUCGUUCCUGUGUUUGGGGAGGAUUUCCCUAAGAAGUGCGAGUUCUGGUACAUGCAGCGGUGCGAGCAGUCCCCAUCACUUUCGUCUUCACUAUCGCCUGUGUCCAACCCUUCGUUGACUACAAGCACACUUACAAGUGACGAAAAGGACAGCUUGAACACUGCACAGGAUCUUCUUAAUAUCUCACGCAGAUACUCUUGGAACGAAGUGAAAAAUCCUUCGAUUGUUCAGCAUAUCCACCUACCAAACCGUCAUUAUCGCUCUCAGUCUUGGACCGGAAUAGUCCAGAGCUCAAACAAACCUUAUUAUCAGCAAGAGGAAAGAAGAAAAUCUUCUGACGUUACUCUACCGCCUAUUCAGUAUUUGUUUGAUGAUUUGCGGAAAUCAUAUUUAGACGAUUAA